GGAGUAUAAUUAUUACGCUAUUUCGGCUGCCUAGAACUGCCAACUUGGCACUUUUCAGCGCCCGCCAAGGACCGCCGCAGGCCUAAUUGUCAAAUGAGGUUGAACUCGAAGCCGAGGGCACAUUACCGUCAUUCCUUUCUUCAACACUGACUUCCCCAGACACAAUGCCUCUUAGCGCCGCUGCUUCCCUUUAUCGACGGUCCCUCAAACUUGCCCUGGAUUGGGCUGUUCACCGUCAGGUUUGGCGAGGACAGGCAGUCUACAUUCGCUCACUGUUCGACGCAAAUAAAGACGUUCGCGAUCCUCGGCAACAGAAGGUGCUGUUACAGGAAACCGAGAAACUACUUGAGACAUGGAAGCACCCGGACCCCUAUCGCGCGCCUACUGCUCCAGGAGGCAGUAAAUGGGAGAGAAACCUUCCUGCCCCCCAGUUGCCUCCACACUUGCAGGAAGGCUUGUCAAGGCAGUAA